CGGACGACUUUCGAGGGUGCACUAGCCAUGCUGAGUUCAAUGACAGUAGAAGGGGGUGUGUGUGUUCUGCAACUGUUAUCGAUCAGGUUUUGGGAAGCCCUCUACUGCUCCACCCUUGUGUACCAUGACUGAUCAGCCAUGGACUGCAUCACGUUCCACCACGAUACUGUGCUGUCAGACGUCCACAUGCUGCUGCCCAACGCGCGCCACCUGAUGACGCGCCUCAACGCUGUCGGACAGCCUGUGUUCAUCUCUAAAUUCAAGAUCCUGUCAGAUGGUGAAAAGCAUGGCAACGAGGUCCCGGGGCGGAGCUUAAAGGAGGAGGAGGAGGAGGAGGAGGAGGAGGAGGAGGAGGAGGAGGAAUACGAUGAACCAAGGGAAGGCGGAGAACAAGACACAAAAGUCCCACGGGGAACUGCUGGAGAGGAAGGGGAGGAAAGAGAGCAAGGGGAGGAAGAAGAGGAAGGAAAGGUGGAAGCCUUUUUGGAUGAGGACGGAGACCUGGACAUCACACAUCGGCCCAGGAACCCCCCUAAGGAGACUAGUGGCCGAGACUUGGUCUGUCCCAUCAUUAUCCAACGGUCCAACCCUGUGCUGGAAGAAGAAGAAGAAGAAGAAGAGGAGGACAGUACGGAGGAUGAAGCUGAUAAAUCCUUCAACGACAUUAUAAAGAUUGAGCACACUAUGGCCACGACCCUGGAGGACGUCGGCAAACAGGUGUGGCGAGGGGCAUUUCUCUUGGCCGACUUCAUCCUCUCUGAGCCGCUCACGUUCAGAGGAGCUACAGUCGUAGAGCUGGGCGCGGGAACGGGCUUAACCAGCAUCGUCAUGGCAACCAUAGCCAAAACGGUCUACUGCACAGAUGUGGGAGAAGACCUUCUAGGCAUGUGCAAGAGAAAUGUAACAUUAAAUAGACACAUGAUUGAGCCUGCAGGUGGUGAUGUCAGAGUGAGACAGUUGGAUUGGCUCCAGCAUGACCUUUGUACAGACGAUGACGUGGAAUUUAGGUGGACAGAGGAGGAAGUAGCAGAUAUGUACAACAACACUAAUAUCAUCAUUGCUGCUGAUGUUUGCUACGAUGAUGAUCUGACGGAUGGCUUUUUCCGAACACUGUAUCGACUCUGCAGUAACUUUCCGCACACCUGCACAGUCUUCAUCUCCAUAGAGAAAAGGAUGAACUUCACCCUGCGACACAUGGAUGUUUCCUGCGAUGCCUACAACCAUUUCAGACACUGUCUGUCCCAGCUCCAGGACCUGGAGGAUGGACGAUGCGGCUUCAGGGUGCAACAGCUCCCAUCCACCUGCGCCCAGUUUCUUCUGUAUGAACGCAUAGAGCAGCUGGAGCUGUGGAAGGUCACCUCCACUCCAGUCCCACUGGAACCGAGCGCGGUCUGAUUCGGAGCCGUUUUUAUCUUGACCUGGACUGACAUCUGGGAUAAUGCAAACGCUAAACUCUCCCCAGAAGUGACCCCAGCUCUUACAUAAGCACCUAUAUAAGUUAGUAAAUUCAAGACAGAAACAGGCUAUUUAUUUGACAUAACGAGUUCAUCAGAGAGUUUUAAAAAAUGUUGCGUGCGUCGAUGUAGAAUAAUACAUUUUUGGUACCUGAUUCAUGCGUUCUGACAUGAUUUUUCAUCUCAUUCGCCCGUUCACACACCCAUUCAUCCCCUGACGGGAGUGGAGCCGCCAUGCAAGGCGCUGCCUGCCACCGGGGGGGUGGGGGGGGGGGGCAACUUGGGGUUCAGCGUUCUGCUCAAGGACAAGGAACCGGCAACCUUUUGAUUAAAGGACGAGCCGCUCUACCUUCUGAGCCGCAGACGCUACCAAACAGAGGUGUGUGUGUGUGUGUGUGUGUGUGUGUGUGUGUGGUGUGUAUAGAUGUUUGUAUGUCUGAUAAGAAACAAGGUCAAAUAAAAUAUUGCUGUACAUCAAUGUGCUUGCCAUUUUUAUUCUGGCUGCAAACAUCGCACGGCACUCUUGGCGAGAGUCCAGAGGGACCGAAACAUUUUUUAUUUUUUUUAUAUUAAUAAAUUGUCAUGCUAAUCAACGCUUAUUUUUGAAAAAUGUAAGAAAAAAAAUCACAUAAAAACCGUAUUAAAGAAAAGAAUAGUUCUCUCAGCAUACUCUAACCCCAAUUUGGACAAAUUAAGAGAAUAUAAAAGCUAAAAAAACGCCUAUAUUAUGCUAAUUUUCAGGUUCAUAAUUUUAUUUUGAGGUUGUAUCAGAAUAGGUAAAACUAAAUAAAAACACAACAUAUUCUGGUAAAGGCUACAUAUCUAAUUUAAUUUACAAAACAGCCCAUAGCGGUUAUUAUCAACAGCAGCAGCAGCGUUUCUAAAGUAGUGAUAUGUAAUGUAUAAAGUAGUGAUAUGUAAUGUAUAAAGUAGGGAUAUAUGUAAUGUAUAAAGUAGUGAUAUGUAAUGUAUAAAGUAGGGAUAUAUGUAAUGUAUAAAGUCGUGAUAUGUAA